CUGUGACGUCACGGAAGGCGACGGGAGAAGCGGCGGCAGCGGGGGGGAAGGGGGGAGGAAGGGCGGGAUAUGGGAAGCGGAGCCCUGAGGGCGUCGGUCCCCAGGGACGGUAAAGGCGUGUGGGGAGGGGGCGCAGCUUGGGCGCGGUGGAUUUCUAUAGGAGGCGGUGCGGCUUUGGCGGCCGUGACGUCACCACCGCUGCCGAUGACAUCACGGUCACCCCUUAGCUCAUUACGUCACCACAGGAAAAGCUGAAUUCCAGGGGUUUUCCUCCCUAAAAAAAUCCCCCCCCCCCCCCCCCGGAUGGAGUUCUGGGGAUCCAAAACACUGCGAGACCUGGUGAGCAAAAAUCAGGAAUUUUUUUUUUUUUUUUAAUUUUUGCAGAAUUUUCUGGAAUCGCUGGUGCUGAAAUUCCCCGAGGUGAAUGUGAUGACUUCAACAUCAUAAUCGAGGCUAUGUUGGAGGCACCCUACAAGAAGAAGGAGGCCCAGCCCGGCAUUUUCUAGGCCUAAUUGGAGCUGCCCCAGGCUCAGUUGUCCCCAAAGGAGCCCAAGGAGGAAAGCAGGAGCAGCAGCUGGCAUCGGGAUCGGCGCCGCCGGAGCCGCCUCCGGAGUUGGGAAUGGAGGCGCAGCCGGAGAUGGGUCUACGACCACCAGACCCACAUCUGGAGGUGGGAAUGGAGAUGGAGCCAGAGAUGGAGCUGCUGCUUCCGGAGGAGGGAACUGAGCCGGAGCUGUGGCGACCAAGCCAGGCAUCGCUUUGAGCACAGGAAGUGCCCCCUGUACCAUGAUAAGAGCCCAGGCAGAUGUUCCCAGAUGUGUCCCAGAUGUCUCAGCUGUCCAGGGAGCCUCUGAGCUUGCUGAGCCCUGAGGAGAGGAACACCAAGACCGUGUUCUGCAUGCAGCUUGCAGCCAGGAUCCUCCCCAAACACCUUGAAGAUUUUUUCUCUGCUGCGGGAAAGGCGGCCCCCCGGGACCUUGGCCCCGUCCUUGUCGCACACCGGGCGGACGGUGCUGGCAGUGGCGGCGACGGGCACCGGGAGCCAGCGCUGGAGGCGGCGGGAAGCUGGAGCUCGCUGCCCAUCUUGGUGCUGACCUCCAAGGAGCGAGUGGUGAACCGCAGGGCUGCGGGGCUGAGCAUGGGAGCCGGGGCCAGUGCCGAGGAGAAGCAUUCCCGAGAGCUGGAGAAGAAGCUCAAGGAAGAUGCUGAGAAGGAUGCCAGGACCGUCAAGCUGCUGCUGCUGGGAGCAGGGGAGUCGGGGAAGAGCACCAUUGUCAAGCAGAUGAAGAUCAUCCACCAGGACGGCUACUCACUGGAGGAAUGCCUGGAGUUCAUUGCCAUCAUUUACAGCAACACGCUCCAGUCCAUGCUGGCCAUCGUGCGGGCCAUGACCACCCUCAACAUCCAGUACGGGGACACAGCUCGCCAGGAUGAUGCCCGUAAGCUGCUGCACCUCUCGGAUACCAUCGAGGAGGGGACCAUGCCCAAGGAGAUGUCAGAAAUCAUUGGACGGCUCUGGAAGGAUUCAGGCAUCCAAGCCUGCUUUGACCGCGCCUCCGAGUACCAGCUCAAUGACUCUGCUGGCUACUACCUGUCAGACCUGGAGCGCCUGGUGACCCCCGGCUACGUCCCCACAGAGCAGGACGUGCUGCGUUCCCGUGUCAAGACAACUGGCAUCAUUGAGACCCAGUUCUCCUUCAAAGACCUCAACUUCAGGAUGUUUGACGUGGGUGGACAGCGCUCGGAGAGGAAGAAGUGGAUCCAUUGCUUUGAGGGUGUGACCUGCAUCAUCUUCAUCGCGGCCCUCAGUGCCUACGACAUGGUCCUAGUGGAGGAUGAUGAAGUGAACCGCAUGCAUGAGAGCCUGCACCUCUUCAACAGCAUCUGCAACCACCGCUACUUUGCCACCACCUCCAUCGUCCUCUUCCUCAACAAGAAGGACGUCUUCCUGGAGAAGAUCAAGAAGGCCCACCUCAGCAUCUGCUUCCCCGACUAUGAUGGUCCCAACACCUACGACGAUGCGGGCAACUACAUCAAGCUGCAGUUCCUGGAGCUGAACAUGCGGCGGGACGUGAAGGAGAUCUACUCCCACAUGACCUGUGCCACUGAUACCGAGAACGUCAAGUUUGUCUUCGAUGCCGUCACUGACAUCAUCAUCAAGGAGAACCUCAAGGACUGCGGGCUGUUCUGAGCCCCAGGCGAGCACCCCCUCCCCUGGGGCCCAGCCCUGCUGCUGACCCCAUCCCACCUCCACAACCAUCUCUGCUUGCCGCAACCCCCUGGGAUUUGAUCUGCUCAGCUCCAAAGCCACCCUGGUGAAGAGGGUGGGGGGGGAAGGGAGGCAUAAUCUCACUCCCCUCCUCACCAACUCUCCCACCGGUCAGCACUGUGGGGCCCCCAGUUCUGCUGGAGGUCUCUGGGGUUCCAGGUCCUAGGGAUGCCUGGAUGACCCUGGAUACACUACAGGAUGCUGGAUACUUUCAGGUGCUGCAGGUCCCUGGGUAAGCUUGGAGUUGUGGGGUACCUUUGGUAAACCCAAGGGAUUCCUUUGGGUGCUGAGGGUCCUUGAGUACCCCUUGCAGCAGAGGGUGUUUGGGGGUCCUGGGUGUCCCUAGGUAUUUGAGGGAUGCUGGGGUAUCCCUGGGUUCCCUUUAGAGCUGAGAGGAGCUGUGGGUUCCCAGAUGACCCUUGGCACUGGGUGGUUUUGGAUGCCCCUUGGUGCUGGGAGUCCCUGGUACCCCUUGGAGCUGAGGGGUGUUAGGGAUUCCUUUGGCUGCUGGGGGAUCCUAGAUCCCUCUGAAGCUCUGGGUGCUGGGAUGGUCCCUUGGGUGCUGCUGGGUGUCCAUGAGUGCCCCCUGGUGCUGGGGGUGCUGGGAGUCUCCAGGAACACCUCAGAGCUAGGAAUCCUUUAGAUGUGGGGUGUUCAUGGGCAAUCCCUGUAACUGGGGGUUCCUGUGGGCUGCUGGGUUCAAGGGGUGCUUGAACCCUUUGAUCUCCCUCUGGGCUACAGAUCAUUGGAUGUUCCUGGGUACUGGUUGUCCCGGGGACUGUGUGAUACUGGGGCUCCCUUCAUGCCAUGUCACCACAGCAGAGCCAGGGGGUGAUCAUGUGUUUGCUUCCCCCAGCCCCACAGCCCCUUGGGGUAGGGCUCAUCCUUGCAGCAGCAUCCCAGCCACACCCCCAAGGGUCCCACCUCUCAUGACCAGGGGCUUCUCCUGACCCCAGGGGGAUGCCAACCCACCUUGUGUCCCUCUCCCAGUCCCGGGGACCACCCCAGCCCUCCCACAGAGGCAAAGCUCCCCUGCCUGUCACCCAUGUCACACAGGGUGUUUCAGUAUAUAUAAUGUUACUCACUUUUUUUUUCCUUUCUACAUUUUAUUAUUUCAAACCAUGUGAACAGUUUAGUAAAACAUACUGUGGGAAAAGCGA